AUGUGUCGGUGUAACCGUUGUCGACUUCCCUGCGUGUUAAUCGGUCCGUGUCGACCGAAAUGGAUGCGAAUGGUUGACAACCUCUAUUCUGGGAAUCCACAGGAACCACACAAUCAAAAUAAACUGAUAUACUAUUGUUUGCAUCAACCUGACAAGUUGGACCGAAUAGCCAAAUACUUGUACAAACGCCUAGCGCAGGAUGUCCACCGAAGAUACGACCCAUACAUGUACAUUGCUAUUGAUGCCAUCAAUGUUCUGCUCAAGGAAUGUCGGUGUCAGCGACUGGUGCUUGCUCAGGAGUUCUUGCGAAUGGUUCACCUCCUGUUACAGACAAACCAAACUGAUCUUCAAAUUCUUGCAGCCAACUCAUUUGUGGAAUUCUCUCAGCUUGAAGAUGAAGUCCCUAACUAUUUUAAGGAAUAUAAUGACCUGAUUGAUCAUUUCACCUUCAUGGCUCAUGCAUCUUUGAGGGAUGUAAAAGAACGGAACCGUGUUCGACGAGCUGGUAUCUGUGGCAUUCAGGGCGUUGUUCGGAAAACCGUGGACGAUCAGAUUCACCUGGAUGUUGUUCAUGGUCCGAAUAUGGACAAAAUCAUUCCCUCCCUUCUGUUAAACAUUUGUGAAAAACCCGAGGUUGACCCUCAGGAUCCCCAGGAAGAUCCUUCACAAGAAGCCGUAUUCGUUUUCAAAGAUAUUGUCCGUCGCGCGUCAUAUAAUAAUAUCAAACCGGUGAUUAAAUCUAUCCUGACUCAUUUGGACAACCAUCACCUAUGGAGACAACCGGACUUCCCACUACUCAUCUUCCAAUACUUGCUCGACUCAAUUGAGAAUACUCAAAUUGCCCACGGCCUUGUAAAACAACUGGUGGAUCAUCUCAGUCUUCAUGAGUCCGACUUCUCUCUACCGGAGCGCACAUGUGUUGUUCAGGUCAUCGGUCUGACAGUGAUUGGUCUGGCAAAAGGCGCCAUUGGUCCGGACGUUUUUCAUAAUUUCAAGGCUUUACUACAGAUAUUACGAGCCAGCAUAGACAAAACCCCACAAGCACUUGAACUGAGCCCUGACAACCGGAUGCAUUCAACUUACGAGGAACGGCAGUUCCAAGAUGCUAUUAUUAACACGAUUGCGGAAUUCGCGAAGAAUCUGCCAGACACACAGAAAAUAGAAAUACUCAAGUUUAUAUUGAAUUUCGAACCAAUGGCGAAAUACCAUCCGCAGUAUGGUGCGCGCCCUCGUCCUCUGAUCAUGGUUCUGCUGCAGACCAUGCUCACUGUGGCUACGCAGUACAAGACAGUAGCCAUCUCAAAUGCACUGAACUCUGACUUUCUCAAUCUACUUCUACGGGGCGUAGCUGUUGAUCCCGAUCCAGCUAUUCGUAUCAUAGUCCAAAAGAUUCUACAUACUCUGAUAGAUCGUCAUGGUAAUGCCGAACGCUUGCUUAAAGUGGAUACAUACAUUGACAAACCUUUGGACAGCUAUUUUGUAUGGGAAGAACCUUCCAGACAAGAUAUCCUGUUUAUGAAACAAACCGGUGUGUUAUUCACGGAAAAUAUUUAUCAUCAACUUUUGGACUCGAGCAAUAAGGUGGAUUGCUUGGAACACUUGUUCUGUACAGUUGGAUUGGUCGCCCUCGAGAUGGGUGCCGAUCAAGUUAUUAGUGAACUUUUCCGACUGACUUUGGCCGUGCAGGAGAAGAUAUGCGACGAACCGCCAGUCCUUCCUCUGCCACACAGAUGCGCUCUACAUGCACUAUUGGCCGGUGCCAUCUCACUACUAGUUCAACUGGCCGAUCUACCGGAUCUGCGAACUCAUGUCAAAGAGGUGAUUGAGGCAAGAAAGGCUGAAGCACCAUAUCUUUUACCCAACGUUGCAUUUAACCGAUCGAACACGACAGAAAGUUAUCCGACCGAAUUGGAUUUGCACGAGGAGUGGUUAUUUUCUGUCGACCGCGUCUCCGCUGCUCUAUCGGGGGCGGGCUAUGACAUAAGCAAUCUAUGCAAACCUUAUCAUCCGGUCUACGUGAAGCUGUAUGACUCCAUUAAUCCUGAUCCACUACAGCAUGGAAGUGGUACCGUGCCUGGAGGACGACUGCAGCUAAUUCUGGGAGGCCUGGAAGCCAAUCCGAGUUACGGUGUGCCUGGACAAGAACAAAUACCCAAUAUCGCUUCCAAAACACCCUUCUUCGAUCCUUCCAAGUCUGGAUGGGUUAAUGAAGGUGUACCAUCCAACGUUAGAGAUCGAGAUCGUGACUCUGGGCUUGGUGUCUUGCGCUCGGAAAGCAGCUAUUCCCUCACCGACAGUUUGUAUUCUCAGACGGAUUCUGCAAAGGCCGUGGAUGAACUUUUGUGCUUUAGAAGUAUGCAACGAAUUGUUAGUGAAGGCCAUGACAAGAGAAAAAGUGGCCGUGCUUUGGAGGAAGAAGAUCGGCUUUUACACUCAUACAAUACUGAUUUCAGCGACAUUUUUGUUCAGCAACGUGACAAGACCAUCUCUGCACGUGCGCAACUUGCCGAGAUCAUGGAUGACAUAUCGGUCGAACUCCACUCGGGUCCGAAUGACACUAACUUCAAUCAACGCAAAUUGUUUCCACGAGACUCUCCUUCAGAGUUGGAUCAGGCCUCACGUUCGAAAUUCGAUUUUUUAUCCCCGACUACCGGUGGACAAGGCAAGCGGAAGAAAGAUCAGCAACGAGCCCCAGCCACUUGGGAGCGUGAUUAUGGCUCUUUAUUUACCAGCUAGCUGAAUCCAUUACUCCUAGAUCUAGCCAAUCCCAAACUGUGAUCAUUAAUCCGGCGAUUUUUAUGGAUUAUACGAUGGCAAGACGUUCCUCACUUGUAUGGAUUAACUGUCAGUCUCUCCGGCCAGAUAAUCCAUAGUUUGUUACAAUGUAAGCAUUUUCUAUGCGCGUGUUACUUCCUCUCCCUCUCGAUACCGUUGUUUUAAACCCUUUAUAAUCACCCAACUGAUAGGUAUGAAUCCAGUCCACUGUUUACCUAUAAGAUGCGCGAGUUUUGUUUUAUCUCGGAUUAUUUCAUCCUGUAUAUAGUGCUGCAUUGAAACAUACUUGUCC